AUGGUGGAAUUCCCGAGUAUUGCCGGCCCGAGUCAGAAGACCCGUUUGGGGUCGGAGCAUCGGCGCCGCCAUCUUCACGUGCACUCUCCGGCCGUGGUGAGCCGGCUCCAACCACCGGUCGGUUGGACGCUACUGAGUGCAAGCCUGCGAUGA